AUGAGUGAAGGCGAUCAUGUGUGUAGCACGGACGUGUUGGAUGUCAGCGGCAGAUGGGUAGGGGAGGUUGGCGAUGGUCCGCUCGUUCCUCUCACCUAUUGUGAUGGAAAUGACAUCCACAAGAAGCUCUAUCUCGGCCCGAACACGAUCAAUAUUCAUCAAGCUUUAAACAUUCUUGCCAGGUUCUGUGGAUUGCGCUGGUUGCUGAGUGAACAUCAGAAGGAGGCUGAUGGUCUGCCCCCAGCCGAAGAUGUUGAAAGAUGGGAGCUGCAUGGCUCGGACCUAGAUGAUCUGCCAGUUAAGCGGGAGAAGUCCUCAUAA